AUGGAUCUUGUCUCAGUUACCGUACGCGUCGGCGAGGCAGACGCGUCAGUAGAUAUCGUCGUCUACCGCAAUAUACUAUCUGCAGUCUCACCUUACUUUCGCAGCGCUUUUGAGGGUUCCUUCGUGGAAGCCACUGAUCGCCUCAUAUCCCUGACAGACGUCACCGAGCAGACUUUCCGCAUGUUCCUACGAUGGACGCAGAUACAGGCCCACAACAACCAAUUGCCGAGCGGCACUAUUGUUCCGCCACCUGCCAUACUUGUUCCAAAUUCAACAACACAGCAUGGGCACGCGACUGCGACCGGUCCUGCAGAGCUGCAGCCCCCGCAUCCUGCGAGAAGCGGCCCAAACGCGGAGACUCUGCCAGACACCACACGAGCACUCGACGAGCCUGGCUAUCAUCAACUAACGCAUUCCGAAGACACAGACAAGUUAUACUUCGAAAAUCCGGAAUGGUUCGAGGGAUAUUGCUUGUCGCUGCUUUCGUUUCUGCGUCUCUACGUGUUCGCUGACAAGUACAACGUCCCCCAAUUACGCGACGACGUGUUGACUGCCGUGCUCGCACAGUCAAUUUCAUGGAAUUGGUGGCCUGAUAUUGAACAAGGAGUGAUCCAAUUCGCGUACGCAAAUCUGCCGUCAUCCUCCAAAUUCAUUCGCUUCUUAGUCAUAUCCACAGCCUUCGUUUGGCUCUCUCAGGAUGGAAACUGUAGCGCUACUAAAUUGCGUAUACUGAGAGAGCUGAAUGAGGACUUUGCUUUUGACGUUACCGUGGUGCAAUUCCAGAGGCUCAAGACUAAGAAAACAUCGGAAGGUGUGCCGUUAGGGAUGAAGGACGCUGUGACAAAUUCUUGCGCCUUGCACGAGCACCUAGUUCAAGACGCAGAACAAUGUCGAAAGCGCAUUCACCACCAACCGUACAUCUUCACCGGACUCAUGGAGAUGUGCGCGCAAGCCGCCUUGGCCAUGAAGAAAGAGUCUGAUAAGGAAUAA